GUCAACCUUGACCUGACCCCUUCGAAACGGAUGCUGCAAAUAUGGCUUAGCCAUUCGGAUGGGCCAUCAUUCCUCUGCACUCUCCAGGUUGGCCUGUGGGCCUGGCGUUCCCGGAGAGUUCGAGUUCUUGCCGUAUACAAGGUUGGAGCAUGAUUUGGCCUCUUCCUCACAGGAGUCCAAGAAUCGCAAGACCGCACUUGCUGGCAAAGAGGCUCUACUGGCACGCCAUCAACAACGGUUAAAAACUCGAUCUGACUGCAGCUUCUUGAUGGGGGCCUUGCGUGCAAGCAGCCUCUUCAAGAAUGUUGGAAAUGAUCAUCUUGAACGGCUAGUAGGCUCCCUGGAGUACUAUGAGUUUCAGAUGGGAGACACGAUUCAGCAGGAAGGUUCCAUGGAGUCCUCGUACAUUUUCGUGGCCCAUGGACCGGGACUGGACUUUGUGCUGCAAGGCGUCGUCGUCAGCUCUUUAUCGCCUGGCCAGACCUUUGGGGAGUCCUCACUCCCGCAGAAGUGUCCUCACAGCUUCUCGGUGCUCGCGGCGCGAAAGACCGGCGUUUGGGCUGCGCCGAGCCAGCUCUUCCGAGAGGCGAUCUUGGCAUCUGUCGUGCAGCAGGUUUCAGACAUCAGGGCCUUUCUCGAGAAGGUGCCUUUGCUGCAAGGGUUGUCACCACGCGAGUUGGAUUGUGUGGCGGACAUGUGUGCUAUUAAAACAUAUUCGGCUGGUGAGUUUCCAGCUCAUGCUGCAUCUGAGUUGAACUACGCCUUUCUCAUCAAAAGUGGACAAUUGAAAAGGAUCGAAACACCUGGCCGGGAGGAGAAACUGCUGGAAGCUGGUGAUUGCGUUGGGAAGCGGCUUUUGCUAUAUGGAGACAAAUCAGGGGUCACAAUUCAAGCUACGCAGCGAUGUGAGCUCAUCCUGCUCAAUGUACGACGGUUGAGACAACUCAUUGGGAAGCAAGAUGCUGCAAUCAAGCUUCAACAAAACAAGUUGACGUCCAUCCUUCUCUCAUCACCUGUGCUGUCAGCGCAAAGUGAAUCGCUGGUGGCAGACAUCUGCAAGUCUCUCGAGUUGAGUGAAUACUUGCCAGGUGCCAAAAUUCCGCCAUCCAUUGGGCUCUUUGUAGUGUUGGAUGGCGAGGUUCAGGCUGGACAUCGUCCAUCAAUGAGGAUUCUUCGUCGGGGACAUGUGGAGGCCCCUCCAGCUGCACGUGCUGCAGAAGGAGGCGCAUUUGAUCGUGUGCUGCUGGGUUCGGCUCACGAUUGUGCCCUGAUGGCUGGCCAUUCCGGCUCCCGGCUGGCGGUGUUGCCUCAAAAGCUAAGGACAGAUGAUGUUGCUGACAUGAAGGCACGUGUCAUCGCUGUACUGUCCAGAGUUUCCAUCUUUCGCCAAGUGCAGGAGGCCACCCUUGAUGCGUUAUUCCAUUGCGUCAAGACGCAGAUCUAUCGGAAAGGAGACGAGAUUGUCAAGCAAGGUGACAAAGGCUCACAUUUCUAUGUUAUCGCAGCUGGUGAGGUGGACAUGAUCAAGGAUGGCCAUGCUGUAAGGAGGCUGGUCCAAGGAGGCUGCUUUGGGGAGCGAGCAGUUCGAUGCGAGGAGCCAUGGCCCACGUCCUUCCACAUGGCCAGUGCCGAGGGGGAGGUGUGGUUCUGGGACAGCUCCAGCUUGCUUCAGGCACUGGGAAAGGAGAUCAGAGCCUCGGAGCAGCUCCGACAGCGAGCGCUGUUACAAGAUCCGGGUGUGAAGCUGCGAGACUUGCAUCGACUUGGGCAAGUGGGGACCGGAACGUCUGGGACGGUUUGGUUGGUCAGACACAAAGAAUCAGGAGCAAGAUAUGCACUGAAACGAAUGGAAAAGGUCGACGACAACGACAAGGUAUCACAGGAAGUGCAGCGUGAAAUCGAGAUCUUGUCUGAAAACGAUCAUCCUUUCCUUAUGCAUAUGGUCAAGGCCUUGGAAACCUUACGGAAUGUCUAUGUCUUGGCCGAGUAUGUGGGCGGCGGCGAGCUCUAUGCUGCCAUGCGAUCCAUCAACACAGUAUUCAGCCGACAGCAGGCAAUGUUUUAUGCGGGCUCGAUCCUGCUCAUGGUGGAAGCGCUACAUGAACGCAAUGUGGUCUAUCGUGACCUGAAGCCGGAGAAUAUCUUGCUUGAUGAAGAGGGAUACCUGAAGCUGGUGGACUUUGGCACUGCAAAGAAGUUGGAUGCCAAAUGUGGGAGAACCUUUACACUGGUGGGCACCACUCACUAUAUGGCCCCUGAAGUCAUGCGUGGCAAAGGAUAUGGCCUUGAAGUGGAUGUUUGGGCACUUGGAAUACUGCUCUACGAGCUGCUUUGCGGGCAGCUUCCCUUUGGAGAGCACGCGGAAAACGACCGUGAGGUCUGCAGAGCCGUUCUGGCCGGGAAGCCGCGCAUCCCAUCGUCCUUGGAGGACUCGUCCCAAAGAAUCCUGGUGUCUUUGCUGGAGCCUCGCCCACGUCGACGGCUUGGCUGUGGAGCAAAUGGGCUACAGGAAAUCAAGGACCAUGGCUUCUUUCGCGCAGAGUCACAUCACAAUGGCGAUGAGGCGAAUCGCUCGCAUGGUGAGACGGAAGACGACUUUUUCACCCCUCUUCUGAGUCGCAUGCUGGAUCCUCCGAUCAAGCCUUCUUCCAAGGGAAUCCCUGAGCUGUCCGAAGAACCGCUCACAGAUCAAGACGAGGAAGUUUCUCCGACCAAUGGAAGAGCUACAUGGGUCACCUAAUUAGGAAAAACGAAAGAAAGGGGAGCCAAGUACAAGGAAAUGACUCGACGUGGUGAGGCCUUCAGAGGAAGUCAAGUGGCGGCACAAGGUGGAGGGUGUGCUGAUGGAAGUCCGAAGACAACGAUCCGCUUCAUGGACGACGUGUGACCAGUGCGUGCAGGGUGAAAAAGAAGGGUUUCCUUACAGCAUGCCACAGCUGUGCGAUGUGCCAACGGCGGCGUUGUUGGGAUUGGAAGUUUGCUGGGGAUGCCCACGCAAAGAAGGGCAUUGUUCAAUCCAGU